AUGACCGACCUUGCCGCAUUGGACUCUGGAUCUCGGCCCUUCACGUCAAAGGAACUCGGUGAGAUGGAUCUCUCAAUACGGAACACGAACCUACCUUGUGAUAUCUUAGAGGCUCUUGAGGAUCUCCAAGCAUUUCAAACAAAAGAUGCUCCUCCUGGGCCAGAAAGUCCCUAUGAGAAGGCUACAUUGGGCCUGAGAGACAUCGUCAAGACCCUAGCAGCUUGCGGCGUAUUCUCAGAGGCAGGCAUCGUCCUACGCUGGCUGUAUUUCCUUGAUGCAGAAAUUCUGGCAGACAUCGAGACGCUCCAGCCGACAGCCUUAUUGCUUGUAGCUCAUUUCGCGGUGAUUGUGGCAUCCAUGGAGAAGACGGUAUGGUAUCUCAACGGCUGGGGCGAGGCAAUUAUCAGACAGGUGGAUCAGCUGUUGGAAGAGGACUCGAAGGAAAGAAGCAUGUUCGCAUAG